AACAAGAGAAAGUAUUACCUGCAAAAGGGAAGGGCAGGUAAACGCAUUAUGUGGGUGGAGCAAGAUUUUAUUCUGAUUGCAGGAAGGAAAGAGUGGGGCUUGGCAGCCAGAGCCAGUCCCUGGAUGACCAAGUCAUUCCCAUUGGACUGUAGCUGCUGGCCUAGGCUGGUGAACUUCUCAAGCUUUUUUUGAGUAAGGAUCUUAAACCUGGCUGAGGAGGUGCAAAGGCUUUGUGCUGUCUGUUUUUCCCCAACUUCCUGUAAUUGCUCCUUUUCUUUGUUGGCACAGUGGGAGAAAGGAGAACGUUCAGAGUGGAAUGGAUCGCUACAGAUAUUUCAUCUUCAACCAGAGAAGCAUGUUGAUAUUAGGGCUACUUGAGAUAGCUUGUGCUACAGUUUGUGUCAUCAGUGGAUUAAUAGAUGGUGUUUUCAGAAAGGAAUCAGAAUUGAGUAAAACUAAGAUACCUAUCUGGGCUGGAGUGUUUAUGAGCAUUCCUGGAAUUAUGGCUUUAAAUUCAUCUCAGAGGAAGAAUCCAAUUCUGGUGAAUGCCACAAUAAUUGCUUCAAUAUUUUCCUGUUUCACCACUUUAACUGUAAUAAUUUAUGCUUCUAUGACAUUAGAGUAUGGUGAAAAACAUGAGUCUAAUAAUGUGUCGUAUAACCACCCAGAAAUCGUAUUGGUGCUGGGUAAACUGGUUCAAGGAGCUAACAUCACAAUGAUGAUUUCAUCAAUUUUUAGUAUAUUUAUUGUGCUGGUGAUUGUGUAUGUCAGCUGCCGAAGUCUUCCAUGUUGUUCCUGCUAUGACAGUAUCACUGGACUUGAGCAUCUAAAAAAUAAUGAAGACCAGUUACAAACUACAGAAUUAGUCUGCCUUUCACGUGAUCAAGAGGACAGAAUUUUUAAUUGUCCAGUAAGACUUCCCCAACCGAACACAGAAACAGAUUAUGAAAUAAGUGACCCUCCUCCAUACAUCAGGCUGACUUAGAAACAAAUUCUACAAGGAUUUCAUGAACAGACCCUUUAUAAUUUUUUAAAAAGUAUGAAAUGCGUACAAUUAUUAAAGAAAUUGAAAAAGACUCUCUUCAACAGAUCCUGAAAAUAUAUGAAUUUACUUAUGUACAAAAAUAUUUUAUUACAAAAGUGAAUAAAAAUUGUAUUUAAA